UCAUAGAAUAACACUUCCACCACCACCUCAGGUCCUCAAGCCACACAUAAGUAUAAGGGUCUUGUCAUUAUUCCAUUACCAAAAACUGAGAGAAUGAGUCAACCAAAGGAUCAUUCAGCGAGAAAGGUAGCAUUCUCAUGGGAAAAUAAGCCUGGUGUCUCCAAAGUAACAAGUACUCCUCCUGCUGAAACUCUCAUCCCAAAAGAGCAAGAGUUUUUGGCCAAGCUGCCACCCCCUCCUUGUACACCAGAAGAAGCCACUCUCAAAAACCAUGUUCAUAAUUUCCAAAUUCCACUUCCUCCUUGUGCUUUUCAGCCUCCUUUUUACAGAACUUCCUCCAAAAGGGGUCUCUGGGUUCAGGACAAAGACCCUUUUCUAGCAGCUUUCAAAGAGUGCACCAAGAAUCAGAAAAGUGCCAAGGUGAACAAAAAGUUUAUCAAAGAUGGAAUCCAGUCAAGGGUAAGGAAGAGCAUGUCCUUUUUCUCAUGUACCAGAUCUUGCACUGUUCAUGACACCAAUUUGCUAAGGAUCUCUCACCUAGAUGAUGAUUGAUAUGUUGUAAGUUGUAACCUCUUAAUCUGGUGUUCUAUUGGGGUGAUUUCUGCAGAACUUACUAGUCAAGGUAUAGUAUAAUAGAUGUGUGAAGAAUAAUCAAAGUGACAAUAUUUCUGCUGCUGUUAUGUAUGCUUUCUGUAUGGUUUUUUGCUGAAUCUUAUGCUAUCGAUAGCUAUUGUUGACUGGAAAAUCAAAGGCAGUAGUAAAUGUAUGACUUUGCAAAAAGGCUAGUUAUUUCUAAAUACUGUUAUGUUGUAGGCAUACCUUAUUUUAAAAAUUUAUUUAUGAAACUUGUUUAGGUGUA